AUGCCUGUCUGCAGCUGUAAACAACAUCUACAGUUUGCAGAAAGUGAAACAUUCAAAGUUUAUAGAAUUGCCAGCAAGAAAUUUAAAGCUGCAGUAGUGGACUCCCUCGUCCAAAAUGGCCACCUCUCAAACAGACCAAGUUGUAACAUUAAUAAAAACAAACAAUAUUUCAAACAAAUCAAUGUCAUCAUGCCAUUUUCAUUUAGUGUUAAUUUAUUGAUUUAUUAUAUCUCGAAUAGCAAGACUGUUUGCAACCAUUAUUCUGCCGCUCACCCCGCAGGAAGCUAUUCAUCUUUAAUAAACUGGAUAGAAGAACACUCUACACUACCUAUCAUCAUACCUUCCAAACAUGACAUUAUUACGUUUUUCGAUAAUAACCAAGUGUUAGCAAGAAAUUGGAGAGUGAGGUAUGAUGCCAAAGCCAUACUUAGUGUUAUAACGACUAUCAUCCAUAUUUUCCAGAACCCUUGCACCGAUCUACAAAUAAAAAAUGAAUUUUCUCCAAGAAACUGGUUUUAUAACAUUGAAAUUUCAGAACACGUUUCAGCGUUAAUGAAUGUUUUUAAUUUCUAUGAAGAAAAGUUUAGAUCUUUAAGAGAAAAAUUCAUAAAGAACAGGUUGGCCAUUAUAUGUUCCCAGCAACACCCCGGGUUAACAUCGACAGAGGACGCUCUUUCAUCACUAUUGGUAAACAACAAGAAAAUGAAAUUUAGUGAGAAAAGCAAAAAUAAAAUAGAUGCGUAUUGUUUCAUUGACCAUCAUCAUAAGAAUGCUCCAAAAAUUCAAAUGGGUAAUCCCAUCUCAGUCAACCCCUGCUCUUACGAAUCAGUUGAAGUUGUUUUAAGCAGCAUUAAAGCUGAGGUGGGCAUUCCUGAAAACAGAAAGUGGACACUAGUGGGAUGCGAUGGUCUCCCCUUCCUCCUAUCCCAUCGCAUUAUUAAGCACAGUGAAGACCUGCAAGACCUCCUAAUUCUACCUGGUUUAGGACAUUUUGAAAUAAAUAUGUGCAAAGCUCUUAUAAAGCUAGUUUGGCAGGCUUUGGGAGUGGAUCUAGCAAAGCUCUUAGGGUAUCGGUCACCGAAAGCUCUACAGGCCUGUCUUGAUGGAAAUGACCACCACAAGGCCAUGCAGUUUCUUGAAAUAUUACUUUUGGGUACAGGAGAUGAAUUGUUAUACCCUUAUGUGAAGGAUUGCUUUGAAAAAGAAACUGUUCCUUCCACAAAUGGCUAUUUUACCUGGUGUAAAAAUGUGGUGGAUCCAAACUACAAGUUUAUUAUGGAGUGUAUAUUCACUUAUGCCCUCGCAGUCUAUUUAUUCCGUGCUGGAGUCAGAAGAAAUAACAGUGAUGCUAUAAUGGCGUCUAGGAUAAAAUUUUGCCCACUUUACUUCGGUGUCAGCAAAACUAAUUACCAGCAGAUUUAA